GUAAAAGUACAAUGUUGAUAUUUUGUUUCAGACGUGAAAAGCGAAGAUGCAGAUCUUCGUGAAGACUUUGACGGGCAAGACCAUCACCCUUGAGGUGGAGCCCUCUGACACUAUCGAGAAUGUCAAGGCUAAAAUCCAGGAUAAGGAGGGUAUUCCUCCAGAUCAGCAGAGAUUGAUCUUUGCUGGCAAGCAGUUGGAAGAUGGCCGCACUUUGUCCGACUACAACAUUCAGAAAGAGUCCACCCUCCAUUUGGUCCUGCGUCUGCGUGGAGGCAUCAUCGAGCCCAGUUUGAGAAUCCUGGCCUCCAAGUACAACUGUGACAAGAUGAUCUGCAGGAAGUGCUACGCCCGCCUCCACCCCCGGGCAACCAACUGCCGCAAGCGCAAGUGUGGCCACACCAGCAACAUCCGCCCCAAGAAGAAGCUGAAGUAGAUUAUUGUACAUUAUAUUGUGAUCGCUGCACAGUGGAAAUAAAAUCCUGGGCAAAUA